CACUUUGCUCAGUGUUGUCAGCUUUAGCUCUCCUGUGUGUCCGUCUUCUCCUUUUCCAGCUGCGACCUUCCCCGCUCCUUCAAGAGAGUUUUCUUCAGAGCCGUCGACUUUAAUCGUUCAAUUCUCCAGAUGAAGGUGAAGCUGGGGUACGGGAAGAAAGAUCGAAUGUCACAGGAGUUAGGCCAUCUUGUCAAUAUGCAGCAGGCAAAAUCUGUGGACCCCACAAAAAUGGGGGUCGGGAGGGCCAUCGCUGUCCUCACCUCUGGAGGAGAUGCACAGGGUAUGAAUGCUGCUGUCCGAGCUACGGUCAGAGUUGGGAUCUACACCGGUGCUAAAGUCUAUUUUGUGCAUGAGGGUUAUCAGGGUCUGGUUGAUGGGGGAGACAACAUCCGAUUGGCAACCUGGGAGAGCGUGUCAAUGAUGCUACAGUUGGGCGGCACAGUGAUUGGCAGUGCUCGCUGUCAAGACUUUCGCACUAAGGAAGGCAGAGCUAAAGCAGUGUGCAACCUUGUUAAGUUGGGCAUCACUAAUUUGUGUGUAAUUGGUGGAGACGGCAGCCUGACAGGUGCCAAUGAAUUCCGCAAUGAGUGGAGUGAGCAGCUCCAAAACCUGCUGAAAGCAGGUAAGAUCACAGCAGAGGAGGCCAAGCGUUCAUCUCAUCUGAACAUCGUUGGGAUGGUUGGAUCUAUAGACAAUGAUUUCUGUGGCACAGACAUGACAAUUGGCACAGAUUCAGCCCUACACAGGAUCAUGGAAGUUGUAGAUGCCAUCACAACCACAGCUCAGAGUCAUCAAAGAGCCUUCAUUCUGGAAGUGAUGGGCAGGCAUUGUGGGUAUUUGGCUUUGGUUACUGCCCUGUCAUGCGGUGCCGACUGGGUCUUUAUUCCUGAGAUGCCUCCUGAUGAGGGCUGGGAAGACCAUCUCUGCAGAAGACUUACCUAUCAAAGAAGCAUUGGCAAUCGUUUGAACAUCAUCAUUGUGGCAGAAGGAGCUUUAGAUCUCCAUGGCAAACCCAUCACUUGCGAUAUGAUCAAAAACCUGGUCACUAAGAAGCUUGGCUUCGACACACGAGCCACUGUUCUGGGUCACGUGCAGAGAGGAGGAACACCUUCAGCCUUUGACAGAAUCCUGGGCAGUAGGACGGGGGUGGAGGCUGUGAUGGCAUUGUUAGAGGCAACACCUGAAACACCUGCUUGUGUGGUCAGUCUGUCUGGAAACCAGGCUGUUCGACUGCCCCUCAUGGAGUGUGUGCAAGUGACUAAAGACGUGACAACUGCUAUGGCGGAAGGCAAGUUUGAUGAAGCUAUUAAGCUCAGGGGAAAGAGUUUUGAGAAUAACUGGAACACAUAUAAACUCUUGGCCCAUGUGACAGCCCCCGACGUGAAGAGUAAUAUUAACAUUGCUAUACUGAAUGUGGGAGCUCCGUGUGCAGGAAUGAACGCCGCAGUUCGUUCAGCAGUCAGGAUUGGAAUCCUGCAAGGACAUACCAUGUUGGCUGUAUAUGAUGGAUUCGAGGGACUUGGGCAGGGCAAUAUUGAACCAAUGACAUGGUCCUUUGUAGGAGGAUGGACAGGCAAAGGUGGUUCUAAUUUAGGAACCAAGAGGAAACUGCCAGCUAGUAUGAUUGAAGAUAUCAGUCUGAAUAUAGCCAAGUUUAACAUUCAUGCCUUGGUUAUCAUUGGAGGGUUUGAGGCCUUUGUUGGAGGCUUAGAAUUAGUGACUGCCAGAGAAAAAUAUGAGGAGUUGUGUAUUCCUCUGGUUGUUAUUCCAGCUACUGUGUCUAAUAAUGUUCCUGGAUCCGACUUCAGUAUCGGAACUGAUACGGCCCUCAAUACAAUUACAACAACAUGUGAUAGGAUAAAGCAAUCUGCUGCUGGAACAAAGCGCAGGGUCUUCAUCAUUGAAACUAUGGGGGGAUAUUGUGGAUAUCUGGCAACUAUGGCAGGACUGGCUGCAGGGGCAGAUGCUACCUAUAUAUACGAAGAGCCAUUUGGCAUCCGCGACCUGGAGACAAACGUGGAACACCUUUUGCAAAAGAUGAAGACAACAGUGAAAAGAGGCCUCAUCCUCAGGAAUGAGAAAUGUAAUGCAAAUUACACCACAGAUUUCAUUUUCAAUUUGUACUCGGAGGAAGGCAAAGGAGUUUUCGACUGUCGUAAGAAUGUGCUUGGUCACAUGCAGCAGGGUGGAACUCCAACGCCAUUCGACAGGAACUUUGGCACAAAGAUGGGCGCUAAAUCAGUGUUGUGGUUGACAGAUAAACUUAAGGAGUGCUACAGACAUGGUCGCAUCUUUGCUAAUACACCGGACUCUGCAUGCGUUCUGGGAAUGAAGAAGAGAUCUUUGGUAUUCCAGCCUCUCUCUGGACUUAAACAAGACACUGACUUUGAGCAUCGUUUAUCAAAAACUCAAUGGUGGCUAAAGCUUAGGCCCAUUCUCAAGAUUCUGGCUAAAUACAAUAUCACUCUGGACACAUCAGAGACAGCAACACUGGAGCAUAUUAUCAAUAAGACCGGAGCAGUCUAGCCUCUACACAAACACACAAAAUUACAGUGAAAUUGGGAGAUUUAUGACACUUGUUAUCGUAGAGUUGUAGAGCAUUCAGUUGACGGCACUUGUUUUUGUGUUUGGUAAUGUUUGUCGUUCUCAACUGGAUUUUUACUGUUUCACCACUAGACUCCUCCUCGUCUGGUCUAAAUUGAAAGCCUAUUGCUGUUUCAAUAAACAAAUAAAAUGGCCAGAUUUACCAGAACCUGCA